GUCAGUUCGAGAGGAGAAUUCUUGGUGUUGUGUUGUGUUUUCUUGGUCUCUCUGUCUUUAGCCACAUAAUUGUUGGUGUAUUUUGUUGUUUGACACUCUCUGAGGAAACCAACAAAUAAUCAGAAUGCCGUCUGCAGCCCCAGCAGCUGAAAAUGGUGGUGGUGCCCCGGUGCCGAAAACAGAAUUGCAAGAGUUGCAACUCAAAGCACAGCAGCAAACAGAUGAGUCUCUGGAGAGUACACGUCGCAUGUUGGCACUAUGCGAGGAGAGCAAGGAAGCCGGGAUUCGUACCCUGGUAGCCCUUGACGAUCAGGGAGAGCAAUUGGACAGAAUUGAGGAGGGAAUGGAUCAAAUUAACGCCGACAUGCGAGAGGCUGAGAAGAACUUGAGUGGAAUGGAAAAAUGCUGUGGAUUGUGUGUACUUCCAUGCAAUAAGAGUGCAUCGUUUAAAGAGGACGAUGGAACCUGGAAGGGUAAUGAUGAUGGAAAGGUGGUGAAUAAUCAACCACAGAGAGUUAUGGAUGACCGCAACGGUUUGGGUCCUCAGGCAGGAUACAUUGGAAGGAUCACAAAUGAUGCACGUGAGGAUGAAAUGGAGGAGAAUAUGGGACAAGUUAACACAAUGAUUGGGAAUUUGAGGAAUAUGGCACUGGAUAUGGGAUCGGAGCUUGAGAACCAGAAUCGGCAGAUUGACAGGAUCAAUCGCAAGGGUGAAUCUAAUGAGACCAGGAUAGCCGUUGCAAAUCAACGUGCUCACCAGCUACUCAAUUAAGAGGAAUCACGUACGAAAAAAUCUUGUGUAUUAUGGAGACUUUGGAGAUGCAACAAGAUGGGAUUUUAUUUGAUUUUAUAAAAUCUCUCUCACACACACGCUACACAUGCAAAAAACACUGUGGAUUGUGUUUUACCUUUUAAUUGCGGGGGCGAUUUGCAAGAGAUGGUGUUUUACGGAGUGAAUGGCCAAAGAAUGUCGCGUGUAAUAUUUCAGAACAACACCUCCCCCUUUGUUUAAGACACUCAGAAAAAAACCGAAGUAAAUAUUUCCUCGUAGUUUGAUUUUAUUUUCUUUAAAGUAGUUCCUUUUUUUUAAAUGGAAAUAUUAAUUACUUCCUUCCCAUAUUUUUUUUGUUUUUCUUUUUCCCCUAAUUUUCCUCUUGGUUUACGUUACGAGAUUUAUAGAAAAAAACGUAAGUGGAAAAAUAAAUUUAAUAAGAAAAUGCUUUUUUUGAGAAGAAUCCGUAAAGAUUUUUUUUGAAAGUAGAAGUUGUGUAAAGAAAUGCUGCUUUUUUAAGAAGAAAAAUUAAAUUGGCAUCUUCAUUUGAACAGAAAAUAAUUUUUGAAUUUUUCCUUGAUUUUUUUUUAAAGAAAAUUUUUGUGCAAUAAAAAAUAUCUUGCGCAAGAUAGAAGAAAUAAAAAAACUGUGCCUUGAGGUUUUCUUUCUUCCGAUCUCUUUAACUUUCUAUUCAACAAUUCAAAGAAAAGUUCCGUUGAAAAGUUUUUUGGGUAAAUUUGAGUUUUGAAAGUAAAGUUGUGGUCUUUUAAUGAUAUUGAUUUGCUCACAAUAUAAAUCUAUAUUCUUACUAAAAAAAAACCUUUUAAAAACUAUCUAAUAUUAAUUUUUGAAAAAAAUAAAAAGAAAACAAUUAGAAGGUGAAGAGGAUAAUCCUUCACUGAUAUUCCAAACCCACUUUUUCUGUCCAAAUGUUGAUAGAUUAACAAAAAAAUGUAGGAAAGUGAUUGAGAGUUUUUUGAUUCGCGCGUGUGUACAGUAGAAUGAAGAAAAAAGUUCACACGGUUGUAAAUUUUUAAAAAGAAGUCAGGAAGAGAUUAGAGCUUCCAGCUGGUAGAACAUUUUAGAUCUGCUCAGUAGAUAAAAGAAAAUUUCAUUAGUUGAAAUAUUAGUUCUUUUUUUUAAUCGGCACGUUCGCGUAUUUUUUCUCAUUUUUUUUAUCUUUUUGCGCUAAAGUUAAAAGUACUUAAAACAAAUAAACAAAAUUACUAAACCUUAAGAACACAAUUAUUAACAAGAAAAACCAAUGGGGUAGUGAUACAAAGUAUUGCUAUUAAUAAAGUUGAGAAAUUGGAUUAAAAACAAUUCUUAGUGUGUAGAGAAAAGUGUAAAUAAAUUGAAGAGAAUCAUUCCAUUAAUUUCGUAAUUUUUAAUUAUUUAUUUUUAACCACAGUCUCUGUUUUAUUUUAAUUUUUUUUAAAGAGUUUUGUGUUUGAAUUAAAUCGGUUUCCAUGUACCGAUGAUUGUGAAAUAAAUCGCUGACUUUUAUCGCUAAUCUGGUUAAAUAUUUAUCGGUUUUGCUAACCAAUUUGGAUAGACAAAUUUCUCCUUAAUUUUUUUUCAUCAUGCUAAAAAAAAUCCUUCCAAAGUUUAUUUAUUUUUCAAUCUUCUUCUCUCUUGGCUAUGAGAAGUGAGAAGACACAAAGUUUUCAUUUAUAUUUGCGGGACAAAGUGUCGCUUUUGGGGGGUAUAAUUUGACAAAUUGCCAUAGAUGUUGCAAAGUUAGUCAGCAAUUUAUUUUACGAAUAUGAUGUGAUAAAAUUUUCAUGAUUCAUUGAUUUAUUUCACUGCUUGUGCUUCAAACGACCAAAAACAAUGUAAAAUGCAAAGAAUGUUGCGAGGAAAUUUCAAGUUUUAUUAAAAGGAAAAGAAAAAGGUGAUGGUGCCAUUGAAAAAUUAGUUUGAAAAGCCAAGGGGAAGAUAUUUAUUUAAUUAUUUUUUUUUAACAACUCUGUUGAGUAAAUUUAAUUUAUUUAAAAAAUUAACACCUUCAUGGCUUAGUUCAGAGUCUAUAUAGAAGUCUUUGCAACAAAAUCAAUUUUAUUGAUGAAAUUGAAAGAAAAGAAAUUUAUUUUCUUUUGCAUUAAAUGAUAAGAAACUUCCUAAAAAAAUCAAUCAAUGAACAUAUCGAGGUUAAAGUUCAGAUCGAAAGAAAAUAUCGGAAUUCAUUGAAGUUUUUUUUUUCCUGUAAAAUAUCCACCCCUUGGCUGUAGAAAAGUUUAGUUUCAAUUUCUGUAUAAGUUUUUUUUUGUCUAUUCUAUCGUUAUGUUUUUUCUUCUUCUUUUUUUCUCAAACAGGGUGAAGCCAAUACUGUAAGAUUAGAUGAAGCUAGCAAGAGAGCUGGACAACUCUUGAGAAAUUAAUUUUUAACGUGAUAGUUUCAUGUUGGAGUUCAUCAUUUUAUGUUUUUUUUUUUUGUUUCUUUCCUACUUCAUUAUAUACCUACAUUUUUUCUUGACAACACGAAACAUAUUUUUCUUUUAUUAUUACCUACAUUGCUCUGAAAAGUUCAGAGUUUCCAUUGAUGAAAAAAAUACUCUUUUGUUGGAGGCAGAAAUUGAAAAUUCCCAUGAAAGUCUCUGUUUUGUUGAAAGUCUUUUAAAUGACAAGAAAUUGCCCAAUUUUUAGCAAACGAAUGCAAGAAAUUGGUUUAAUUGGAUUGCAGACGAGUUAUUUCUUCUGCAGAUGAGCUGAAAAAAAAAUAUUUCAAAUGAAAAAUGCGGAUUUUUAUAUAAAUCGAUUGCCCGGAUUUAAUUAAUUUGAUAGAUUUUUUUUGGAGCGAAAUGAAAAAUUGAAAGCUGAGAGAAUUGAAUUAAUUUUUAAUUUUUGAAUCGAGAUAAAAUGCGAAAAUUGAUUAAGAGUGAAAAAUUAAUGAAAAUAGCGGCGAUAAAUUGAGAUGAAAAUUAAUAAAAAAGAAAAAAUAAAACAGCAGCAGAAAAUCUAUAUAUAUUUCUAAAUGAAAAUUGGUAGAAUGAAUGAUAAAAUUAGAUAACUAUUAUCCAUACUGAAUUAAAUAUAUCGACACACACUAUGAUAAAAAAACAAGCAUAUUUCCAAACAUAUUUAAUGCAAAUUUCUUCAUAUUUAUUUUUGGUUUGAUGACCAAUAUUAAAGAAAAAGAAAAAUCCAAUCAUUGGUGCAGAAGACACGAAAAAAACGACCUACAUAGAAGUUUUCAUUGACAAAAGUUGAAUAAAAAGGAAAUUAACAUCAAAAUACUUUUUGUCGACAUAAUAAAUAAUGUAGUAUUGUUAUUCGAGAUUAUUAAAAAUUAUUAAAGCAUAAAAAAAAAUUAUAAAAUCAUUGCUGAAAAAAAGCUCCAAAAAAAGUGUUAAUAACUUACAUUUUAGAUUGUUUAUAAACAUUUAAAAGAAAAUAAAUGUGGGAGUAAAUGAGAAACUUACAUUAAAAAAAAUUAUAGCUAAAAAAAAACAUGGAAACGUUAAAUUUGCUAAUUGUUAGAUUAUAUAUUAAAAAAACAAAUAAUAAUAAUUGCAAUAUGAAUAUCUUUAAAAAGAAACAAGUGAAAGGAUAUUCUAAGACACUGAACGAUGGAUGGCUUAAUAUUUUGAGAGAUAGUUAAAAAAAAAACCGGGCGAAACACCAGUUAAAAAAUUGCUUUGUGUGACUUGGAUGAGACUUAAAAAUUCUACAAUAUAUAUAAAUUGAAAAGGUGAUCUAAAAGAAAAUAAAAAAAAAUCAAGAGAUAAUAAACAACUUAAAAAAAUAUAUAAAAUCCAUAUCACAAAACAUUUUAAUCACUCCGGGAAUAUUUUUAAUUUAUUUCUACUUUUUUUUCAAGAAGAAAUUAAUAAAGAUUUUUCCAAGAAAAAAUCAUUAAGAAAAAUUCUUAGACUUAACAAUGAAUAUAUUAUACAUAGUGGUUUACCAGAGAUGAUGAUGAAGAAGAUAAAAGAAAAUUUUGAAGAAAAAUGUGAAAAUUUUUGAUAAACCCACAGAGACACGCCUUAAGUGAAAAAAAGAAACUUUAGAAGGUUUUCUUUUAUAAUUUUUCUUUUAAUUUGAUAAACUCUUCUUUAUCUGUUUUUUCCCUUUCCUAUCAUAUUUCUCAUUCAUCUUUUCAUUGAAUUUUUAAAAAACAUUUUAUGAUGUAAAAAAUUGACUUUCAUGACGUUUCUGUAGCGUCGAAUAUUUAAUGUUUUAUGUUUGUUAUCUUUGUGAAAAAAAAUGUUAAAAUUGAACAACAAAUACACACAAUUUUCUCUACAUAUACAUGAAUGCAAUAAUAUUUACAAAAUGACGAAAAAUUAACGUUAGAAGAUUUUUUCCGUUGUUUUUAGGGAGUUGAGUUUGAAAAAAAAGAAAAACUAUUUACUUUGACAACUAACCACCUUCUUGCUAUUAACAUCAAUAUACGAUUAAAUAGCAAUCCUUUAUAAUCAAGGACAGAAAAUAGGACAGAAUUUUAUCAAGAAGAAAAACUAUUUUAUCUUAAAGAAAACAAAAAAGUAUUCUUGCAGUAAAAAAUUCCAAAAAAAUGGUUUUAAAUGGACAAAAUAAAACAUCUCAUAUGUGCAAAAUGGAAUCCAUUGUAAACCAAAUUUAAAACAGAUAAAAAAAAGAUGAAGAAAAUAAAAGUAGAUGAUAUUUUUGAUUGAUAAUAAAAAAAAUAAACAUGUACAAAAAAUAUCGACAUUUUUUCGCUAAUUAAUUACUUAAAGAAAAAAAAUGAAAGUGAAAAUAAAGAAAAAAUCUAUGUCUCUUAAAACUCUAAAUGUGCGUAAUUUUUGAGGAGAAAAAAAAGUUUAAAAAAAUUUGAAGCAAGCUUAUAAUUUUCUUUUAUUUUCUCAAAUUUCUAAUAUUUUCUCUCAACUGAGAAAAUAAAAUCUUAUCAACUCGUGAAAAAUCUUUAUUUUCUGAACUUAUUUUCACUUAAAGAUUGACUAAAAAAAUUCCUUUGGUUGUGUCUAAGAAGUAAAUCCUUACAAAUUUCUUUUAAUUUCUUUCUCCCUUUUCACCAUUAAAAAAAAUCCAGAGCUGAAAGCAGAAUUAAUCGUACUAUUUAAUCUCCUGAUAUAAAAAAGAAAGAAAAUUAUAAAAAGGAAAUAUUUUGGAUUAAUUUCUUAAACGAAUUUAGUAAGUAAAAUGAUUAUAAAAUAUUUUUCAAAAAUAUUGUAAUUUAUUAUAAAGAAUGAUAAAAAACUUAUAAAGAAGUGAUAAAUAUAAUAACAAGAGAUAA